AUGGAACCACCGAAUAAGAAGAGCAAAGUUAUAAACCCAGUAAUGGAAUCAGUCUCCAUGCGAAUCACGCAAAGUGUGCAGGGCGUUCCGACCAAAAGUGAUGCGGGGAAAAAUAAAGACGUCAUCGAAUCUGAGUUCAUGGGCAAUCAAAGUGAUUCGAAUUCCACCACAUCGACGGGUCUUCUUGAAAAGCCAGCUAUAUCCGAGUCUGCCGCCGAACCAUCUUCUCGCAGGUCUCCAGUUGUGGCUUGUGAUGGAGCACAAAACGAUGACUCGGAAGUGACACCUCGUGUAACUCGGUAA